AUGGCGGCAUCAGAUUUACUGAAUCACUUACAAAAUAAAUCAUUUAUAUUAGAUAAUCAUAUUCAACAUCGAAUUGUUCAAGGUGUUUUCAAAUUAUUAGAAGAUACAAAUGGCGAAGUACAAAAUCAGGCUGUUAAAUGUCUUGGACUAUUAGUAUGUAAAGUAAACAAAACAGAACUCGAACUCAUAUGUGAUAUAUUACGUUUAAUUUAUACAAGGAAGUCUACACAUGCUGAACAAUUACGAGAAAUCUCAAGUAGUGGAUUAAAAACUGUUAUUGCUUCAUUACCAACAACAUAUUUAAAAGCAAUAGCUAAUAUAUUAGACAAUAUUCUGAAUUCUUUAUUCGACGCUAUUGAAAGAUGUACAACACCAACAAAUAAUAAUAAUGGAAAGAUGAAAAAUAAAAAUCUAAGAUUAGAAAAUACUGGACUACAUGCAAUCGAUAUUUUGGAUAUUAUUGCUGAUAUAUUUUCAAGAUUUUUUUUAUGUUUAUAUUUUCGUAAGAUAUCAUCCACAUUUAAAAACAAUAUUAAAAGCAAAUCAAAAUUCCAAACGACUAGAUAUUAA